AGAGAUCACAUAAAAACCUAUGAAGAAACCAAAAAAUGCUGGAAUCGUUUCACAAUUCUUUCUUAUUGCCACGUGGUUUACACUUACCCUAAUGUCUGGAAUAAUGUAUCGAAUGGUGCUGGUCGCAACGAAUUUUGAAUUUCCUUGUAUGAUAAUUCUGUGCCAAUCGAUUUUUUCUUUGAUUUUUCUUCAAAUUUCAAGGCUUCUCUUUCCCGACCUCUGCGUCUCUUGGAGCACUUCAAUCGAUUUUCGAGCACUGCCUGCAUCCACGUUUCUCACGUUUUCAGUGUGCUUGGAUAUGCUGGCAUAUUAUCAGGAAACAUCAAGCUCAAAGCUCAUGGAAUACCUAGCUGCUCCUGCGAUCGCCAUAAUUCUAUUGAGAUCUGCAAUAGGCCAAAGAUCAAGGAUUGGAAAGAAGCUUCCAUUUAUUCUUUCUUGUUUGUCGGUUAUUUUUUCUUAUUUUACAAUUAACGUAACGGUGCUUACACCCGAUGGAAUGUUAUUUGGUUUCAUGAUUCUAGUCUUUAACAUCGCCACGUUUUUCACAUUAAAAACCUAUUUGAAAAGAAAUUCGAUUUCCCAAUUUCUGUUCUCUCACUUCUCCUUUUCAACAAUCAUCUUCUUUGCCUAUGAGCUGUACAAGCACGACAUUCAUCGUCUCUACCUGUACGUUCAUCUCUGGCAACUUCCAAAUUUCUAUUCCGUUCUUUUUUCCUUUGUUUUCUUUUUCUCUCUAUCUCUAAUCUCUUUGUGCAACGUCAUAAUUCAAUUCGAUAUCACUUUACUCGCCACCGCUCUAAAUACAAAAAAUGCGUGGCAAUUCGUGAUAACAAAUUUCGUUUUUCGAAAUAUUGUGUUCAAGCCAUACUAUGACCUUAAUCCAUGCAUGUGCCUGAAUGCAUUGUGCUCGUUUGUCGUAUGUCUCACCAUAUUUUGGAUUGAUGUGCGGAAUCGAAAUUCACAGAUUUAUUGACUAGAAAUUUUUAAAUUUUAAUUUCAAUAAAAACUUUUUUGAAA